UGAAGGAUGAUUUGCACGACGGCAAUGGCAUUGCCCUUCUUCCAACUGAGGGAGAACUGGCAGGUGAUUGUCAUGGCGAUGGGGAAUCGUCAUCACGAAAGCCGUCCAUUCCAACGGCAUCAAGGGAACUCUCAAGGGAACUCUUCAUCAACAAAGGACAAAGCUCUGCACCUAAUCGAAAAACGAGUACGGUAUCGAAAACCCGGGUCAGAAAAGGACAAAGCUAGUGGUGUACUUGAUGAGGAUCAUAGCCGCAACAAGAACGCUUUGAAUCGCGGCUUGCGAUACCUACGUGCAAUUCAGGCUGUCAAUGACGUGAUUGUCGACCCAUCACCACGACCGCUAGAGCCAGAUCAGCCACAGUUGCCUGCACAGCACUCACAGGAAUGGCGAGUCGGGGGAGUGCAAAGUGAUAUCAUGAUGGAAAAAGGCAAGGCCUUUGAUACUGAAACUAUGGGUCCAAGUUGUACGGGACUGCUGGGUAAACCCAGAAUUAUGCCUUUCGGCGGUCCUGCUACAGGACCUACUAGGUCCCCGGCAGAAGUCAAAGAUGAUAUAUCAGUAAGUUCCCCGGUAAAAGGCAAAGACAGCCCACCUGGUUCCCUUGCUACUAGGGUAAGUAAUGUGAACGUUGAAUGCGAGGGGCUCCCGGUGACCUUCCCUCCUCUUUGUCAGGCCAUGGGCCAGGUUCAUGAUCUAACUUGUUGUGAUGAACUAGAAUAUCAUCAAGAUCCAAGCUUAGGAGCAAGUGUUGAUGCUGCUCCAUGGUGUCCUGUCUCUUUGAGCUCAAGCAGUUUAGGAGAAGACUUAGUGGUGGUGGGUUAUCCCCUCAACUUUCAUGAAGCACAGAUGCAGCGUAUCCAGUUCAACAAGCCAUAUUUCUGCACACCGUCCUCUUUUUCCUCCUUUACUCUUUCAUCAUCAUCAUCAACAACAACAUCGUCAUUAUCAUCAUCAGCAUCAUUAUCAUCAUCGUCGUCAUCAUCGUCAUCAUCAUCCUGGUCACCAUCAACCUUAUUUUUAUCACCAUCAUCAGCUUCAUCAUCAUUAUCGCCAUUGUGGUUGUCACCAUUGUUAUCAUCAUCACUGUCCUCCUCCUCCUCCUCCUCCUCCUCCUCAUUGUUGACGCCAUCCUCAUUCUCAUCUUCAGCACUAUCAUCAUCGCCAUCGUCACUGUCAUUGCCGUCACCACUGUUGUUGCCAUCAUCUGGAGAAGAGACUCCAAGCAUCAUGUGGCAAGCCCGAAGCCAUGGUGGUCAAAAUGAGGGAGAACUGGAGCAGGAGCCAUCGUCAUCAUCGUCAUUAUCAUCAUCACCUCCACCACCAUCAUCAUCAUCAUCAUCAUCAUCGUCUUCUCUUGGUACAUUUGGCAUGUCAUCACUCUCGUUGAACGAGUGGCCACGUCUCAGUGUUGUGGAGCACUGUCUUGGUCAGGGAGAUAUUGAUCAGGUGUUUCCCUUUCUAAAUGCUCAUCAUGAUUGUAUUUCUGAGUCUAAGUCCAUUAACUACUUUGAUGUAAUGAAGAACCCGAAUCCAUUCUCUGCGUCUGUUGAUUUCGAUCUUGAUCUCGUUAAGAGCUUGCAUGAAUGCUCUGCGGGCGUUGAUUUUGAUCAUGUUCCGAACUGGGGUCGAUGCUCCGAGUCCGUUGAUUUUGAUCUAGGUGAGAACUGGCGUCAAUGCUCCGACGUAAGCUCAAUGGCUGCAGUCUCCACACUUGCCGAGUCUUCGACAGAAGUCGGAAGGGAUCAAAGGGGUGAACAGCAGAGAGGUGCAAAGCGAAGAGUGAAGCGUUGGGUUGACUGUGCUUCGGAGACGGAACGAUGUGAAGCAGGAAGACGUAAAUUGCGCCCGAGUGGGGAUAAUGAGGACAAUAAUGAUGGUGACGGUGAUGGUGAUGAUAACGAUGAUGGUAAUGCGACUGUUAGCAGAAUUAUGAUGCCAUCGUCGUCAUUAUCCGAGACCGACUUUCCCUUGUCCAUGGCUGCUACUGAUACCUGCUCGGAGUUUGAAAGUGGAGACUUCUUGGUUUGCGGACAGGAACCAUCGGAAUUAGAGAGAAUAACAGCAGCAGAUCGUUUCGGUGACAUGAAGUUCGUUAUCCACAAUUAUAGUCGUAGUUGCAAUCGACAUGCUGAGGAUGAGGUGAGUGAAUUAAUCCAUUCACUUGUUGUUGGUGGUGUGAAUUGGAAGGAGGAAGACGGUUCUCACAUGAACGACGACAAUCCAUUUUCGAAUUCGGAUCAGGGGGUAAGAUUUGAUGGCUAUCGCCUUUACGACGAUCGACUCGGAGGAUAUUCUCGUGAAGAUGGAAUUGGAUGUGAAGAAGAUGCUCCAAGGCCGUGGGAACUACAGAUCGAUAACGAGCUCCGUAAACAAAUAGAGGAUAUUAAUGUUCUAGGAAACCUGGGUACGUAACACAAUCCACAACAGCGAGUCGUCGCACUGAGGGGACACUCGAUGAAGAAGAAGAAGAAGCAGCAUACACCACAAGAAGGGGGGCCUCAGAAUGAAUGAAUAUAUGUGCU